UUUUGUUCGGUCUGACAUGGGCUGGCCCUCCUUGUGCAUCUCUGCAAUUUUUCAAUGAACUCUCAAAGGAUGAGCCUGAGCAUCGCCAUGCCAGCCAUGGUGAACAGCACGGCCCAGCUCAGGCCACUCAAUGCCUCCACAGAAAGGCCUCCUGUCGACUCCCAGGACGGCUGGAAUGGAACUCUGCAGAAGUCUGAGGCCGUGGCUCCCGUGUAUGACUGGGGUCCUGAAAUUCAGGGGAUCAUUCUCAGCUCAUGCAACUACGCCUCAUUCUUGGUUCCCAUCCCUACUGGCUACAUCACUGGAGUGUUUGGAGCCAAGUACUUGGUGGGUGUUAACCUGCUUCUUUCCUCAGUCUUGGCCGUCUUGACUCCAUCGGCUGCUGACGCAGGAGUGCUCUCCAUCACUGUCCUGUGGAUUGCUCAAGGCAUAGCCCAGGUUAUGGUAUUAACAAGCCAGUUUUCACUUUGGGUCAAAUGGGCUCCCCCACUAGAGAAGAAUCAACUCGUCAACAUUGCUAUAUCAGGGCAUUUGAUGGGAUCCUUCAUUACUUUGCUCAUCGGUGGUUUCCUCUGCCAGACUAAAGGGUGGCCUUCUAUCUUCUAUAUCUUUGGUGGAAUUGGCUGUGCCUAUUCUUUUCUCUGGUUUUUUCUUGUUUAUGAUGACCCCAUACAUCAUCGGUUUAUCAGCGCUGGAGAGAAGGAAUAUAUUGUGUGUUCACUGGCUCAACAGGGCUGUUUGCCAGGCUGGUCCCUUCCCAUUAAGGCUAUGAGCAAAUCCCUACCACUUUGGGUCAUUUUAGUCUUUCAUUUCACUGAAUUCUGGAUUUUUAAUAUUUUGGUCACAUACCUGCCAACAUACAUCAACUCUGUACUUCAAGCAAACUUCAGAGACAGUGGAAUCCUGUCAGCCCUGCUGUUAGGUGCUGCCUGUAUCGGCACUAUCCUUGGAGGUCUACUGGUGGAUUUUCUUCACUCCAGAAAAAUCUUCAGACUCGUUACCAUCAGGAAACUCUCCACUGCCAUUGGGGUUCUUGUCCCAUCUGUGGUCUUCGUGUCCCUGCACUGGGUCAGAUUCAGCUUCAGUGCCAGUAUGGGCUUGUUGGCACUGUCUUCUGUCACCAGCACCUUCUGCCAAACGGGAGCCCUUGUUAACAUCUUGGAUAUUGCUCCUCGGUACACCAGCUUUCUUCAGGGACUAUCGGAAGUCUUUGCAUACUCAUCAGGAGCCAUUUCUUCCAGUGUUGCUGGAUUUUUAAUCAGUCAGGAUUCUGAGUUUGGCUGGAGAAAUGUCUUCUUGAUUGCAGUUUCUAUUAACAUGUCAGGUCUGGUCUUCUACCUCAUCUUCGGCCAAGCAAAGGUCCAGGACUGGGCUACAGAACAGACGUUCACUCAGCUCUGAGCAAAACGGAUGCGUCAGAUCCCAAUGCUUAGCCAUUCAUUGUUUGCUGUCAUGGACAUUAUCCCUUAGUACCUGCUUGACUGAUUAGCCAUUUGAUUUGCAUUGACUAUUUCCAGUAUCUUCUCAGAGAGCUUGGCUGUGUAAUACUGAAGGUUCCGCCUGCAGAGGUUACGGUGGUGGGUGGGGGUUAGGGAAGGCCAGUUAUCUAACUGUGAGCUCUGGAAAGCAUAGGUGUGUCUGAAUUUCUAAGUGUUCUCCACUCUGCCCAUUUUUAUGACUUAAUAAGAAAUUAUCAAUAAGAAAUACAUAUUUAGUCUCUGCCCCUACUUUCUGGAACAGAGCUCCAGAAUUUCAGAUUAGUGAAAUCUCAGAUCUCUUGAGUGGUAGAGAUGAUAGGAGUACCUUUUGUCAUAAUAUUUGGACUCGGUCCCUAGUUCCCAACACAAGAGCUUCUAAGACACUUGGAAUUCCUGGAGUGAUGAGAGCACCUUGGGUAUUCUAUGGAGAUGACCUGUGGCUGGGGGACACUGAAGCUACCCAUAGCUUCAGGAUGGGAGCUGGUCUGAUUCAAAGGUGGGAACGUCCAGCUCCAUGAUCCCACCUCCAGGGAGGUGAGAGGGGCUGGAGAUUGAGUUAUUCAUCAGUUGCCAUUUACUCUAAUCACACCUAUGCAAUAAAGCCUUGAUAAAAACUUAAAAUACGGGGUUCUAAGAUCUUUUGGCUUGGUGAGCACAGGGAGGUGCUGGGACAGUGGUGACCGAGAGAGGGCAAGGAAGCUCUGCGGCUCUUCCCAUAUUCCUUGCCCUGGGCAUCUUUUCCUUUUGGCUGUUCCUAAGUUGUAUCCUUUAUAAUAAAGCAGUAGUAAUAGUAAACAAACUG